CUCCAAACUCGAAAGUCGUGCUGCUACCCUCCACCCUCACUCCAAGAGUCUCCAAUCAAUACCCACCCUCACCGUGACCGGCAGGAAUCAGGACGGGUUUCCUCUUGUCCUCCUCCUUCCUUGCCCACAGCCACGUCACCUCAAAAGAAAUUGGGAGCCGGUUACCUGAGCAAGAACCGCUAUCUGGACAGACCAGCACACAGGCUCCUAGUCACAUGAAGUUACGUCACUGGUCUGUCUGCCUUUUGGGCCCUGCACAACUACAAGCCUGGUGGAAAAGAGCAAAUUGCUUCUGCUCCCAGCAGGUUGGUCCUGCUUAGUUUGCAACCUCAGCAGAACUUUCGAGCCUGAACUGAAGCACCUUACCUUGUCGUGCACGCACCCCACUUGGGCACACCAGCUCCACACCCUGGAUCAGGGAAUCACUCCAGCUGCAUCAUGAGCCGUGUUCGGGAUGCUGGCUGUGUAGCCGCUGGGAUAGUGAUUGGGGCCAGUGCCUGGUACUGCGUCUACAAAUAUGCCAGGGGAAGAAACCAGAUGAAGAAGAGACUGGCCAAGCCCAAGACCAGGGCUGUGGCCGGGACUGGAGCCCGGGCUAGAGCUGGACUAAGGGCUGGAUUCACAAUUGACCUUGGGCCAGGAUUUGGUCCUCCAACCCCAGUCCACACUGGGGCAGAGGUCAGGGUCCAGGAUGAAACCUCUGCUCUGGACAUGGCUGGAGCUGAAGCAGUGGCCCCAGCUGCAUCUAGUGCCAAGGCUCAGAGUGGGGCAGGAAGUCAGGCCCAGGAGGCAGAAGGGGCCGGGGUUGGGCCUAAAGCUGAAUCAGAAGCCACAGUGGCUUCUACAGUGGCACCAGCUCCCUGGGAGGCAGAGGCUCCCGUGGCUGCAGAGACCUCCACAAUGACAGGGGCUCCUAAAUUAGCAGAAGCCCCUGGCACAGCAGAGGCUCCUGGGGCACCAGCUCCUACUGAGGCAGCACCACCUACUGAGGCAGUGGAGGCUUCCAUACCAGCAACGCCUACUGUGGUAGCAGCACUUUCUGGGGCAACAGCAUCUUCUGGGGCAGCAGCACCUUCUGGGGCUGCAGUGCCUUCUGGGGCAGCAGCCCCUACUGGGGCUGCAGAGGCUCCUGGGACUUCAGGGUCCUCUAAAACAGCAGCAGCCGCCAAGAAAACAACCCCUGGGGCUCAUACUGGGGCUAUACCUAAGGCCGGGUCAGCUACUGGAGCUGUACCCAAAGGUGGAGCUAAGGGUGGAACCAAGUCCCGGACUGGAGGCAAGGGCAAAGGCAAGAAAAAUAAGGUUGAAGUAGACGAAUUGGGGCUGGGCUUCCGCCCUGGAGAUGGGGCUGCGGCAGCUGCUGCAGCCUCCGCUAAUGGAGGACAGGCUUUCCUGGCAGAGGUUCCUGAUUCUGAAGAAGGGGAGUCUGGGUGGACGGACACAGAAUCGGAGUCAGACUCUGAGCCUGAGACCCAGCAGAGAGGGAGAGGGAAGAGACCCGUUCCCAUGCAGAAGCGCCCCUUUCCUUAUGAAAUUGAUGAGAUUCUGGGUGUCCGAGAUCUCAGGAAAGUCCUUGCUUUGCUUCAGAAAUCGGAUGAUCCUUUCAUCCAACAGGUAGCUUUGCUCACUCUGAGCAACAAUGCCAAUUAUUCAUGCAACCAAGACACAAUUCGCAAAUUGGGAGGCCUCCCGAUUAUUGCAAACAUGAUCAACAAAACUGAUCCCCACAUUAAGGAGAAAGCCUUAAUGGCCAUGAACAACCUGAGUGAGAAUUAUGAAAAUCAGGGCCGGCUUCAGGUAUACAUGAAUAAAGUGAUGGAUGACAUCAUGGCCUCUAACCUGAACUCAGCAGUACAGGUAGUUGGACUAAAAUUUUUAACAAACAUGACUAUUACUAAUGACUACCAGCACCUGCUUGUCAAUUCCAUUGCAAACUUUUUCCGUUUGUUAUCUCAGGGAGGUGGAAAAAUCAAGGUUGAGAUUUUGAAAAUACUUUCGAAUUUUGCUGAAAAUCCAGAUAUGUUAAAAAAGCUGCUCAGUACCCAAGUGCCAUCAUCAUUUAGUUCCCUCUACAAUUCUUAUGUGGAAUCAGAAAUUCUCAUUAAUGCCCUGACUCUAUUUGAGAUCAUCUAUGACAAUCUCAGAGCAGAAGUAUUCAACUACAGAGAGUUCAAUAAAGGCUCCCUUUUCUACUUAUGCACUACAUCUGGAGUGUGCGUUAAGAAAAUUCGAGCCUUAGCAGAUCACCAUGACCUCUUGGUGAAAGUGAAAGUUAUAAAACUAGUGGACAAAUUCUGAUUGGCUAUGUGUCUCAGAGACUUGAAGAAAUGUCUGGUUUUGCAGUCUGGAAGCAAUGAAAAUUGAAAGUUACUGCUUUUCCACUUGCUUAUAUAGUAAAGGGAUCCUUUCAGCUGCCAGUUUUGAAUAAUGUAUCAUCCAGAGUGAUGUUAUCUGUGACAGUCUCCAGCUUUAAGCUGAAUAAUUUUAUGAAUACCAAAUAAAUAGUCCUCUUGUACUGAAAACACAUUUGUGACUUUAAUCGUGCUGCUUGAAUGGAAAUAUUUUUACUGGUUCCUCUAUGUGAAUUGAUAGUGAACCUGUCCAUCAUGAAUAGCCUACACUUCUAUCAUCUGUUUUGACUUGAAUUUAUUCACCAAAGACUUCAUUUGUGUAUCAUUAAUAAACUUGUAUGUUUCAACUGACAAAAAAAAUCGUUCUCUUGCUUGAAUUUAAAAUCUAGCUGGAGAGAUAAGGUACAUAAAUAGAAAAAGAUUACAGUACCUGAGCAUAUGCUCAUUGUCAAAUAUAUGCUAUCUGUUUAAAUGAAACAGAAGUGGCUAGAAUGCUUCAAGGAGGAAGGGCACACUUAAGGUGGGCCCUGAAGGACAGCAUGAGAAAACACAGAAGGGCAUUCCAGGAGAGGAAAUGGCUUGAAGAAAGACACGGAGGUAGGAAAUCUGUUCCAGUGACAGGAAGGUAACCAGUUUGCCUGGAAUGGAAAGUAUGGGAAUAGAAGUGAUGGGAGAUAAGGGUGGAAAUGUAGGGCAAAAAAAGUUUAGGGAAGACCCUGAACACCAAGCUGAAGAUUGAAAUAUGAUCCUGUCAUUUUCUGGGAGUUACUGGGCAUUUUUGGCAAAAGGAAAAAUAAUCUGGUGGCAAUGUGAAAAAUGGAUUGGAGCUGUGAUGGGGUUAGGUGUAGAGGUAUUCGUUAGGAAAUUAUAAACCAAGCAUGAGAUGAUGAAGAGUGAAAUAGGGCGAUGGCUAUAGGAAAUGUUAGGGAAUGAUGAUAAGAGAUGCUUACCAAAAAAUGUACCAAAAUCUGCUAUCUUGGCUAUAGGUCAACAGAGAGGAAGGAUUGUAUGAUCUUGUGCAGGUUCUGACAGAGAAAGCCCUCUUUCUUGGGCAGUUCUGGCAACCAAGCAAUGCCAAAGUGAGUUACCAUUUUUUUUCUUUCCAUUUUUUUCUUUUUUUUGAGUCACCAUUUAUAAUGAUGAGAAAGAGCAGUGUUACAAAAAGAAUGACUCUUGGUGCAAAGUGAUUUUUCCCCCCUCAGGUUAGAGGUCUAGGUCCUCCUUUGUUUGGAAGAGGGGCAGUGGUGAGGCCUUUUUGGGAACCCCACCCCCACCUCUGAGUUCACUUAAGAGCAGGAAAACCUUCCUUCAUCUGCCCCCUGGCCAGUGAAGCAAUGAAAGAAGAAAAUGGGAGAAGUUGCAGAGAUUUUCCAAACCC